GCACGCAGGAACAACUAUUAACGCGGACUUGAUCUCUUACCAUCAAUUUCAGCCCUUAACCGGCACAAGGAUGAAUUCCUACCUUGACUAUGCGAUUUACAACCGCGGGACGAACGCCCUGAACUCCAGGGUUGGAUGCCACCCCAUGGAACAGCCGUGUGUGCCCUCUUUAUCGCCAAGCUCAUGCGCCACGGGUGAAAGUUACGGCACAGACGGACGGCUGGUCUUGGGCGCGAGCUCUGCUUCGCCACUACAUCAGCACCAAGGCCCAAACUUUUCGCAUCACCAUCUCCAGCACGCGCCCCACCACGUGAACCUUGAUCUUCAGGUUGUUUCUAAUGGCAACACUGGCUAUGGUGCGCAGGUGUGCCCCAGUGUGGAAUACGGGCACCACCAGUACAUGCUAAGCCAGGAACAGGAGCUGAUUUUCCCCACAUCUGGAUUCUCUGUAACCGGCAUGGGAGCUACUAAUGUCGGCUCUUACGCGCAGGCAUCCCCAGGGUCGAUGCCCAGUGGCCAGUAUCAGACUCCUCGUUGUGGCGAGCAAGAUACGCCGCAGGGAUACGCAGGCAUUUACUCUAAAUAUUCACCCACUCAAAGCAAUGACAGUGACCUGAAUGGCAACUUGGACUCACAAACUCAGUUCGGGAAGACAUUCGACUGGAUGAAGGUGAAGAGAAAUCCACCAAAAACAGGUACAGGUGCAUUUAAAGCCAGUGAUUAUGGCAUUCACGGACAGCAGAACAUCAUCCGCACCAACUUCACCACCAAGCAGCUGACAGAACUGGAGAAGGAGUUCCACUUCAACAAGUACCUGACGAGGGCCCGCAGGGUCGAGGUGGCUGCCUCGCUGGAUCUGAACGAAACGCAAGUGAAAAUCUGGUUUCAGAACCGGAGGAUGAAACAGAAGAAACGAGAGAAGGAGUGCAGGCCCUCUUCUGCAGCGGUUGUGAAACGAGGUUCCCUUAGCAGCGACACCGGAAACACUACGGAUCAUUCACUCACUUCCUCGCCGAGUGGGUCGCCCAGCUCGGACACACCAGUUCUGAGCUGAAUGCUGGACAUUUGAACUCUUGACUUCACUGAAAUUGAACUGACUUGUGUCUUGUAGGACUCUGGCAUGGGGUUCAUAAGUCCAGAGGGGGCAUAAACAGGGGCGUAAGCAGCACAUUUUGGGCCCCAUGUCAUGUACAAUCAGCUCCAAUGGACCCCCCCUCCCCCCAGCCAUAUAUUUUCAUGAAUCGGACUGUAUGUGGGCCCCGUAUAUACACAGAGCCCUGGUGACUCAGUCACACUUUACCCCCCUGAACGACACCCCUGGUCAUAAGUAAAAGUAGUAUUCUUACAGUGUAUCUACCUCAUCAAACACUGUCCAUUAAGUGAUGUAUUGUAAAGGUGCUGGUGCUGCAAUUACAGAGAGAGUACUUCUACUUUAUACACCUCGAAAGUGCACGUUUGUAAGAUCCAUUUUGGUGUCUUACAUUGAAACUAAUAGGAGGCUCCCAUUGAUACAGAGUACAUCUUGCACCUUAUGGUUGCCCAUGGAACUUUGUGCUGCUGUCACUGGGUGGUUAUCUGUCCACUGUUACACUGUCUGUGGAAUGUUGCUACUGGUCGAGAUGUAGGCUAUGCAAUGCUCAGUGAGAAAGUUUGCACUACAUGCUGUUUUCAGGGUUUGCGUGUGUGUGUGUGUGUGUGUGUGUGUGUGUGUG